UGCUCUUAUUCGUAUAUUUUAAAUUUGAACAUUGUACCACGAGAAGCCUUCGAGUUGAAUUAAGCACCUUGAGAAGCUACCAUAAUGACUGUCGCGAAUACAACUCAUAUUCCUGGUGCGAGGGGUGCUUUACUUGGACUUCGCAUUGCACAACUGGUGCUUGCUGUUAUUAUACUUGCUCUUUCAUCGUAUGGAGUUUACUGGCUUGUAUAUGAUGGAGAUGCACUUACAUUGGCUUCGGCCUCAAUCUCGAUUGUCAUUUGUGUCUAUGUGAUAGUAGCAAGCACAGGCGCACCUGUCCUGUAUAACUACUGGGCUAUACUCGGACUGGAUAUCAUCGCCGUGAUACUUUGGGUUGUAUCAUUCCCAAUUCUCGCCUCGCAAAUCGCAAAUGCCAUUACUGUCGAAGAUACUUGCGACUCAUAUUACUAUUGUUACUACUACAAACACAAACGUGGAUUGGGACUUGAGAAGCGUGCAGAGACCACUUGGGAGACAUAUAAGAAUGUGAUGAUUGCAACAUCUGCAUUGGGUGGUCUUGAGUUUGUACUUUUUGCGAUUACACUCAUCAUUCUCGGGAUUAAUCUUCAUCGACAUCGCAGUGCUGGAGGCCAUUGUCAACCUGGUGCUGCAGCUCCUAGACAGGUUGAUUUUGAAGAAAAACAACGACGUAAUGUCACUGCACCUGCGGAGCCAAGUCAACCUGAGGUGUAUAAUCCACCAGCCAUCCACCACUAG